AUGCCUCCCAGGUUUGAUCCUAGCGUUUACACUGUGGGCUGGGUCUGCGCUACCAAAGACGAGGUCACUGCUUCUCGAGCCUUCCUUGAUGAGGAACAUGAACAGCCGCCUAGACGGCAGAAUGAUAACAAUGUUUAUAUCGUUGGCCGAAUGGGGGAACACAAAGUGGUCAUCGCGUUUCCGGGAGCGGGCUCGUAUGGUGCAGAUGCCAUUGCCCAUACUGUGGCUAACAUGGUUCGAACAUUUCGGAAUAUCCGAUUCGGUAUGAUGGUCGGGAUAGGCGGAGCGGCGCCUUCACCACCGGAUCCUAAGGACCCAUUAAAUGACAUUAGGUUGGGAGAUGUUGUUGUUACUUCUCACAAUAAUCAAGGCGGAGUAUUGCAGUACGACAAGGGCCGCUGGAAGGAUAAUGGGUUCGAAAUCAGAUCGCACAUGAAUAAACCUCCAAAGCUUCUACUAGCUGCGAUGAAGCUGCUGCAGUCUGAUCAUGACAUUGGCCGGGGAAAGAUGACAGCCUUCAUUGAUGACAUUAGACACAAGUCCAGCCAAUUACUAUCAUGGGGUUUUCGCUUCCCAGGCCGCGAGCUCGAUCGACUAUACAAGCCAGAUCUCCCGCAUAGUGAGGAAACGGAUUAUAGGGACUAUGGGCUUCAAGGGCUGGAAAAGCGCCUUGAUCGUGAAACAGAUGAACCUGUCGUUCACUAUGGUAUUAUCGCCUCGGCCAAUGCUAUGAUGAGGUCUGUCGUGUACCGAAAUUAUCUGAGAGAUGCCUGGGGUGUGUGC